AUGCCAGCGGAAAAUCAAAAUACUAUUCAAGAGAGGAGCUCCAAUAACAUCAGUAACAACGUUAAUACUCAGAUUGGAUGCCAUGGUGUUCCUAAUGAAGAGUUGAACAUCACGGUGGCAGUGAGGUGCAGGGGAAGAAAUGAAAGGGAAAUUGGUAUGAAAAGCUCCGUAGUGGUGAAUGUCCCCGAUAUCACGGGUUCCGAAGAAGUUUCCAUCAAUACUACGGGGGACACAGGCAUUACAGCUCAAAUGAACGCCAAGAGAUAUACAGUCGACAAAGUUUUUGGCCCCGGCGCUUCCCAAGAUCUGAUUUUCGAUGAAGUGGCAGGCCCUUUAUUCCAAGAUUUCAUCAAAGGUUACAAUUGUACCGUAUUAGUAUACGGUAUGACAUCCACGGGUAAAACUUACACCAUGACAGGUGACGAAAAACUAUAUAACGGUGAACUGAGCGAUGCUGCGGGAAUUAUACCGAGAGUUCUUUUGAAGUUGUUUGACACGCUGGAGUUACAACAAAAUGACUAUGUGGUAAAAUGCUCAUUUAUCGAACUGUACAAUGAAGAAUUAAAGGACCUACUAGAUAACAACAGCAAUAACUCCAGCAAUAAUGCUUUCGAAGGUCCUUUUAUGAAAAAAUUGAGGAUUUUUGAUUCAAGUACUGCCAAUAACACCACCAGCAACAGCGCUAGCAGUUCCAGAAGUAAUUCCAGAAAUAGUUCUCCACGCUCAUUGAAUGAUUUGACACCUAAAGCUGCUCUACUAAGGAAAAGAUUAAGAACAAAAUCACUGCCCAAUACUAUCAAGCAACAACAUCAGCAACAACAUCAGCAACAAACGAUAAAUUCUAGAAACAACUCCUCCUCUAAUUCCGGUUCUACGAAUAAUAACAUUCCUGGUAACACCAACACAAAUAAUAGCCAAAGAAGCUCGAUGGCUCCAAAUGACCAAUCGAAUGGCAUAUACAUUCAAAAUUUACAAGAGUUUCACAUAACUAAUGCCAUGGAAGGUUUGAACCUAUUGCAAAGAGGUUUGAAACAUAGGCAGGUGGCUUCCACCAAAAUGAAUGACUUUUCGAGUAGAUCGCAUACCAUUUUCACAAUUACUUUGUAUAAGAAGCACCAGGAUGAAUUAUUCAGGAUAUCAAAAAUGAAUCUGGUGGAUUUAGCAGGUUCAGAAAAUAUUAACCGAUCUGGAGCACUGAACCAACGUGCCAAAGAAGCUGGUUCAAUUAACCAAAGCCUGCUUACGCUGGGAAGAGUAAUCAAUGCACUUGCUGACAAAAGCGGUCAUAUCCCAUUCCGUGAAUCAAAAUUGACACGUUUGCUCCAAGACUCACUUGGUGGUAAUACAAAGACUGCAUUAAUCGCUACAAUAUCGCCCGCAAAGGUGACCUCCGAAGAAACUUGCAGUACACUGGAGUAUGCAUCAAAGGCUAAAAACAUCAAGAACAAACCACAACUGGGUGCUUUCAUAAUGAAAGAUAUUCUAGUUAAAAACAUUACUAUGGAACUCGCUAAAAUUAAGUCCGAUCUUCUUUCUACGAAAUCUAAAGAAGGAAUAUACAUGAGCCAGGACCAUUACAAGAAUCUGAAUAGUGAUUUAGAAAGCUACAAAAAUGAAGUACAAGAAUGCAAAAGAGAUAUCGAAAGUCUAUCAUCCAAAAAUUCAUUGCUAUUAAAAGAUAAAUUGAAGUCUAAAGACACAAUUCAAUCUCAAAAUUCCCAAAUGGAAUCAUUAAAGGUCACGAUCAAUCAAUUAAAGGCCCAGCUAGAUAAACAACAUAAAACAGAACUAGAGAUAUCUGGCUUCAAUAAUAAACUACAGAAGCUAACUGAAAUAAUGCAAUUAGCCCUACAAGAUUAUAAAAGAAGAGAACUCGACCUUAAUAAGAAAUUUGAAACGCACAUUAGCAAAGAGAUCAAAACUUUAAAAACAACUUUGUUUUCACAAUUAAGUGGUAUGGAACAGAAAAAUAUCUCCCAAGAAACUAAUAUCCAGCCUAAUCUUGAUAUAAUCAAAAAUGAAGUUCUGACUUUAAUGGAAACCAUGCAAGAAAAGGCAGAGUUAAUGUACAAAGACUGUGUGAAGAAAAUCCUAAAUGAGUCUCCAAAGUUUUUCAAUGUCAUCGUAGAAAAAAUUGACAUAAUAAGGGUUGAUUUUCAGAGAUUUUAUAAUAAUAUAGCGGAGAAUCUUUCUGACAUAAGUGAAGAAAACAACAAUCUAAAACAGUAUUUGAAAAACCAUUUCUUCAAAAAUAAUCACCAAGAACUACUAAAUCAUCAUAUAGACUCCACUUAUGAAAAUAUCGAAAAGAAAACAAGUGAGUUCGUCGAAAAUUUCAAAAAUACUCUAAAUGACCACCUAGAGGAAAAUAAGAAAUUAAUAAUGCAAAAUCUAACGAACGCGACUAGUGCCGUUAUUAAUCAAGAGAUGGAUUUAUUCGAACCAAAGAGAGUUAAGUGGGAAAAUUCGUUCGAUCUGAUAAAUAAGUGCGACUCCAUGAAUAACGAAUUCUAUAAUAACAUGGCCACCACAUUAUCUCAAAUUAAAAGUACAGUUGACACAUCGUCAAAUUCAAUGAAUAAAUCUAUUUCUGUCAUGAAAGGGCAAGUGGAAGAAUCCGAGAAUGCUGUAUCUCUUCUAAAAAACAACAAGAAAUUCAAUGAUCAAUUUAAACAAUUAGUUGACAAGCACACAAUAUUAAAGGACAAUAUCGAGAAUUCAAUCACGUCAACUCACUCUCAUAUAACAAAUGUAGACGACAUUUACGAUACAAUCGAAAACAUAAUGAAGAACUAUGGUAAUAAGGAAAACGCUGCCAAAAAUGAGAUGAUCGAUAACAUCCUAAAGGAAAUACCAAGCCUAAGUAAGAGAAUACCGUUAAGACUCUCAAACACAAAUGGGAAUUCAGCGCAAAAUAUACUAUCCCCAAAAAAACAUGCAAUUGAUGACGAAAAUCCAUCUAACAAAAUUACAGACGGAGAAGAAGCCAGGAAAAUACUAAAGACAGAAUAG